AGCUAAACGUAGAUCUCUGAAACUCUCUAGAAAUUCAGUUUAUUUAUUUAUUUAUUUAUUAUAGGGAGGUUUUCAAGGUAAGAAGAGACUAUACAGUCUCUACCAGUCAGUCGGUUGGAUGGUUUGGAGCUGCUGAUAGAAACGGAUUCAGGUGUGGCCCACCUGUCCGACCUGAUGACUGAUGACUCCACACGAACUUCUAGUCUCCCUUUCUUCUCUUCCCCACCCAUUCCUGCUCGCUUCCUAGCAUCUCAUAUCGAAGGAGGAAAACCCAUCCGAAAAGAUUGCGCAGCUGAAACGAAGCCCUAACCCUAAUCUUGAUCAUGGAGAAGCCAGAGUCGGGCGAGCUCCAGUGCGUGGGAAGAUUGGAGAUCGUGAAGCCGAAGCCCGUUGUUGGUUUUAUCUGCGGCACUCUUCCCGUUCCUACCGACGAAGCCUUCCAUGCCGCUCUCGUGCCAUCCUCUUCUACCUCUUCCUCUUCCUCUCAAACAGUUAAAGCUCCUCGUUAUCGGAUGCUGCCGACGGAGACCGAUCUUAACAUGCCUCCCUUGCCUUCCAACUUCCCUGACAAGGCCUUUCCCAUCGCUGCCAUGCCUGUCAAGACCAGUGGAGAUCUACAUUGGGAAAGUGGCCCUAUCGCUCAAAAUCUUGCUAGAAAAUGUGAGGCACUUGCUGUUUCUGGUCUGGCAGAGUAUGGUGAUGAGAUAGAUGUAGUUGCUCCUACUGACAUUUUGAAGCAGAUUUUUAAGAUACCUUACUCCAAGGCUCGACUAUCUGUUGCAGUUCAACGUAUUGGACAGACUCUUGUUCUAAAUACAGGGCCUGACCUUGAAGAAGGAGAGAAACUGGUUAGAAGACAAAGCAACCAAUCAAAGGGUGAUCAUUCUAUCUUCUUGAAUUUUGCAAUGCAUUCAGUUAGAGUGGAGGCUUGUGAUUGCCCACCUACUCAAUAUGUUCCACCAGAAGAAUCGAGCUCCACUAUUUUACCUGGUCAUGUUGAAUCUAGAGAGGGAUCUUUUGUAUCUUCUGCCUGUCCAACAAAAGGUAGCAAGUCCAAGAUUUUCAAUGGUAGUGUUGGUGGCAGUAGAAAGGAAGGAUUUAAUUGCUGUGGAGAGUAUUCAGAGGGUGACCAAGAAAGCUUUUUUUGGGGUGGCAAGCAGAAUAGGCAGAAUAACAGGCAUGAUGCCAUCAAGAAAACUUCACAAGUAGGUGAAAAGGCCAGAUGCCCAGUGCAAGAGUCAGAGAAGCACAGAAGAGUUGGCAACGAUGGUUUUCUAAGGGUUCUGUUCUGGCAGUUCCACAACUUCCGCAUGCUCUUAGGAAGUGACUUGCUUUUGUUCAGUAAUGAGAAAUAUGUCGCUGUGAGUUUGCAUUUGUGGGAUGUUACACGACAGGUCACUCCAUUAACAUGGCUUGAAGCCUGGCUUGACAAUGUCAUGGCAAGUGUGCCUGAGCUGGCCAUCUGUUAUCAUGAAAAUGGCGUUGUUCAAGGGUACGAGCUUCUUAAAACAGACGAUAUAUUCCUACUCAAGGGCAUUUCUGAGGAUGGUACUCCUGCAUUUCAUCCUCAAGUUGUCAAACAAAAUGGUCUUUCGGUGUUAAGAUUCCUUCAGGAUAACUGCAAGCUAGAUCCUGGUGCUUAUUGGCUUUAUAAAAGUGCUGGAGAGGAUGUAAUUCAAUUAUUCGAUCUUUCCGUUUUACCAAAGAACCGUUCUUCAGAUGAUCAUGAUAAUGACUGCAGCUCUUUGCCGUCUUUAAUGCAAAGAGCGAGAAGGGAUUCCUUGUUUUCACUGGGGACUCUACUUUACCGUCUUGGUCAUCGAAUAUCUCUUUCAAAGGUGCCAAAUAACAUGGCCAAGUGUGCAAGGCUUUUCGAGAAAUGUUUGGAGUUCCUGGACGAGCAGGACCAUCUGGUGGUCCGGGCAUAUGCUCAUGAACAAUUUGCGAGGCUCAUUUUAAAAUGUUAUGAGGAGCUGGAUUUAACAUCCGAACCUGUUCUUCUUGAAUCUGAAGUAAUAGUUACUGAUGUCGAAGACGAGUCUUCAGAGUUUCCUCAAGAAAUGUUCGGAUCAAUCAUCCAAGAUAAGAUGCCAUCACAAGUUGCAGAAAAUGUACCUUUGACUGAAGAUGAAAGGAUCCUUCUGAAAUCAGUGCCAGAGAAGAUGGCUGCAGGAGCAAACUCCUUCCCUCCCAGAAACAUGGGAACAUCUGAAGGCCCUAAAUUGUGGAAAAUAAGAGAAACCAUGGAAGAUCCUGACAACAGUGAUAGCUUGGCAGUGUGCCACGUCUCUGCUGCUUCCUCACACAUGGUCCAGACAGUCGCCGAUCCAAUCUCAUCUAAGUUAGCUGCAAUACACCAUGUAUCCCAGGCUAUCAAAUCUCUUGGAUGGAAGUGCCAACUGCAAAACACUGAAGGAGAUCUUAUGGAUCAUGGAAACAAAACCCAGGAUAAAUCUUCACAUAUUGGUUUUUCUGUAUGUGCAUGUGGCGAUGCUGACUGUAUUGAAGUUUGCGAUAUUCGGGAAUGGCUCGCUAGAUCCAAGAUGGAUCAAAAGCUGUGGAAACUUGUUCUUUUGUUGGGGGAAUCUUAUUUGGCCCUUGGACAGGCUUAUAAGGAAGAUGGGCAAUUGCAUCAAGCUUUGAAGGUUGUAGAAUUAGCUUGUUCUGUAUACGGAUCAAUGCCUCAACACCUUGAAGAUGCUCAGUUCAUCUCAUCUAUGGUUAGUAGCUCUCCACCUCAGCUGAAGUUUAGAGAUAGAAGUGGAAAGAGAAGCUCUGUUUUAGGUGGCACAACUGAACGGGAUCGAAAUCCUGCUGAAGAAUGUCUUACCAUCAAUGGAUUCUCUUCCAAUUACUUAUUCUGGGCAAAGGCGUGGGCUCUCGUUGGGGAUGUUUAUGUUGAGUACCACUUGAUAAGGGGUAAAGAACCCUCGGUACAUCUUGAAAGGAAAGCUUCUGUUGGCGACUGGAGAGUAUCAAAUGAAGUUGCAAGAGAGGUAAAAAGGCUGAACAAGAAAUUGGGGCAGUAUAAGCAAAAUUGCAGUAUGUGUUCCCUAAUAAACUGCAGCUGCCAGAGCGAUAGGGCAAACAGCGGUAACAGUGCAAGCAGCAGCAGUGGAGAUGUUCGCUCUUUGGCUUAUGGUAGAAAACAGGCUAAGAAACCAAAUGUAAAGAGCAAUCAGCACUCACUGUUUGGUAUACCGGAGAGCGACCAUGUUUUCUCUAAGGUGGAUGAUGCAAGUGUUUCUGAAAACAGAUGUGUACAAACAAAUUGGAAUGAUGACGGACAUUCACAUGUUUCUGAGCCAGCUGUACAUAAGCGUGAAGUGACCUAUUUGGAUGCUAAUUUUGGGGGUGAUGAGGGUACAUUGGAAAUGCACGGUCCAGGCCUGCGGGCGUCAGUUGAUUCUGAACCCCAAAUUCAAGAUGUGCCCAAUACAAAAAGCGGAGGUAUAUUCAAAUUUCUUGAGGGUCCUAAAAUCGGGGAUGUAGAGUAUAAUCUCUCAGCUGCAAUAGGCUGCUAUGAUGCAGCUAGGAGAGCAAUAUGGGGCCUUCCCAUUGGUUCAACUGAAAUGCAAUCUAUAGUUAAAAGGAAGGGAUGGGCAUGUAAUGAACUCGGUCGAUAUAGACUUGACGAUGGAGACUUACGUACUGCCGAACUUGCAUUUGUAGAGGCUAUAAAAGCAUUCAAAGAAGUCGCUGACCAUACGAACAUUAUAUUAAUCAACUGUAAUUUAGGUCAUGGAAGAAGAGCAUUAGCUGAAGCUAUGAUAUCCAAGAUGGAAAAUUACAAGAAACAUGGACUCUUACAAAAUGCAUACAAGCAAGCUUUGGAGGCUGCAAAAUUGGAAUACAGCGAAUCACUAAGAUACUAUGGUGCAGCUCUGUCAGAACUGAACGCUAUGGGCGAAGGGGCAGAUUCAGUAUCAAACAACUUGUGGAAUGAAGUAAAAACACAAUUUGCCCAUACAUAUUUGAAACUUGGAAUGCUUUUGGCAAGGGAAGACAUUUCUGCUGAGGUUUUUGAAAACAGGAACUUGGAAGAAUUGCCAAUAGGUCCUACUGGUGACAGAUUCAAGAAAGAACUGAGGAAGCAUGAGAUCUCAGCCAAUGAUGCUAUUAGGGAGGCUUUGUGUAUAUAUGAAUCUUUGGGUGAAUUGCGAAAACAGGAGUCUGCUUAUGCUUAUUUUCAACUUGCAUGCUACCACCGGGAUUGCUGCCUGAAGUUUUUGGAUCUUGAUGAUAAAAAAAUUAAAUCGUCUAGAUGUGAAAGUAGCCUUCUUCAGAAGGUUAAGUGGUAUGCUUCUCUGGCUGAGAGGAAUUGGCAGAGGUCUAUUGAUUUCUAUGGCCCAAAGACACAUCCCAUAAUGUACCUGACUAUUCUCAUGGAACGUUCAGCCCUUUUUUUAAGACUCUCAAGCUCUUUUCAGUUGAACUUGAUGUUGGAAUCAGCCCUAUCACAGCUGCUCGAAGGCCGUCAUGUGGUUGGAGAAGGCAGUUCUGAUUUAUUUGCCAGUCAGCAUGUCGAAAUCGGGACAAAGUUUUGGGGUCAGUUACAGUCGCUGCUAAAGAAGAUGUUGGGAAUAGCAUUAUCAGGGAAUUCAAACAAAUCUUCUGCUGUUACUUCAGCGACUCCGACGAAUAGAACAGGAGAUGUUAGUAAGCUUAGGGAGCUGUACAGGUUGUCUCUGAUAUCAAACAGUCUGAGUCAGUUGCAGACUAUGUAUGAGUUAUGGGCCUAGUGACUGUACCCACAUAUAGGAUGAAACAGUUUUCACACUUUGUACUGGAAGUCCUGGACACAUGAUAUGGAUGUGCUGCCCAUGGCCCGUUAUGUUGCUGUAUGUAUGAUAUGGCAUUUGGAUUUAAGAGAUCCAUCUCUUUAAAGAAUCCCAGCAAAGUACCAUUUAUUUGAACUGAAUCUGUUAAUAGCUGAUCUCUCCAAUCCAAGGGUGUUGGAAUGACAGAUACGUACGUAUUUCAACUUAUAGAGGAACCCUCCCUGUGUUUUACUUACACUGCAUGCCUAUGUAAUUUUGAAGGUUAUGGGCAUCCUGGCCCUAUAGUCAGUAA